UUAUCAGUAUCAUACUCUCAAGAUGCUUGACGCAGACGGAGCACUUGCAGUGUGAUCAAAUAUCUCAAGCUAAACACCAGCCAUGAUCCGUCAACUGGUGUUAGGAGUAUUGUGCGUAACUAUAACAGCAUCAAGCGAUCCAAAUUAUAGAUUGAACACACCAAUAAGACCAGAAUCUUAUGAAAUUGUGAUUACACCAUAUUUCGAUACCGGCGACGCGAACGCAUUCACAUUUGAUGGACAAGUCACUGUCAAUUUCAAGACUGAAUCUGUAACAAACCAAAUUAAGUUACAUUCAGAAGACUUAACAUUUACUGCUGCUAAUAUUACUUUAAGUUCUGGUAAUACAAAUAUACCACUUUACGCUGCCAGUCCCCUGGAAUUUGUUAAGAAUUAUUCUUUCGCACUAAUCAAUGUGCAGACAAAUAUUGAAGCUGGGAAAGUGUAUACUUUGAAAAUUGUAUACCAGGGUCCGAUAAGACAAGAUCUUAAUGGCUUCUAUAGAAACUACUACAUCGAAAAUGGUGUUAAAAAAUGGUUGGGUGCUACUCAAAUGGAACCUACACACGCAAGAAAGGUAUUUCCAUGCUUUGAUGAACCUGAACUGAAGGCUACUUUCACUCUAGUCAUUGACCGUCCAGAAAAUUACAAGCCGUCUCUCGCAAAUACCAAGUUAAAGGAACAAACUCCCUUGUCCAAUGGCUAUAUCCGAGAAACAUUCUUCCCCACACCAAGAAUGUCUACAUAUCUUGUUGCUUUCCUCAUAUCGGAAUUUGAAGCUGGAAACUAUUCGACAAAUGACACUCGAGAGCUUGGAGUUUUCACCAGACCCGAAGCCAAGAAUCAGACUGCAUAUGCUUUUGAUUUCGGUCAAAGAGUAGUCGAAGCGUUAAGCGCGUAUUUUGGCGUGGAUUACUAUUCAACUAAUGCUAAUUUGAAAUUGGAUCACAUUGCAUUACCUGAUUUUAGAGCUGGUGCUAUGGAAAAUUGGGGAUUAGUCACUUACAGAGAAUCCCUGUUGCUGUACGAACCAGAAGACUCUACGCCAUACUUCAAGUACAGGGUAGCACAAAUUGUUGCUCAUGAGACCACUCACAUGUGGUUUGGCAAUCUUGUCACGUGCCACUGGUGGAGUAAUACCUGGCUUAAUGAGGGGUUUGCUAAUUAUUUCCAGGAUUAUAUUACGUCACUGAUUGAACCAGAUGUGGGUGCAGGUGACAUGCUUGUCAUCGGCUCUGUAUAUGCUGCCUACGAUGCUGAUGGUUCAGCUGAUGCUCCACCAAUCACCAACAACGACGUCAAUUCUCCAGCAGAAAUUAGUGGUCAUUUUGGUGCCAUUACUUACCAGAAAGCUGGAUCAGUUAUACGAAUGAUGCAUCAUUUUAUAGGAGACAAUGCAUUCAUAUUGGGACUCAACGUAUAUUUAAAAAAGAACCAAUUUAUGUCGGGAUAUCCUGAACUACUUUAUGCGGCACUUGAAGAAGGUGUGACGAGUGAUAAUUCACUUGAUGCCUAUCCUGGUGUAACAUUCACAGUUGUAAUGAGUUCAUGGAUCACUCAAGCUGGUCACCCUGUACUAACAGUCAGCGUUGAUUACGAGACUGAGACGGUUAUUUUGACUCAGACACGUUUUUACAUUAACGCUUCGAAAUCUGAUGAACUUUAUAAAAUACCAAUAACCUACACUACUGAUGCUUCUCCCAACUUCAACAAUACCAAACCAAGCUUCGUUAUGGAGAACCAGACUUACAGUUUUAAAAUUGCCAAUCUUAACAAGGAUGGUAGCUGGGUAAUAUUUAACAUUCAAGAAACAGGUUUAUACAGGGUAAACUAUGACGAAAAUUCUUGGGACCGUAUAAUUGCUGUCUUGAAAGGAAACAAAAGAGAGCAAAUUCAUUAUUUGAAUCGCGCUAAGAUUGUAAAUGAUGCUUUUGCCUUGUACUACAGUGAUAGAAUCAGUUUUAAACGUCUUCUUGAUGUAUUGGAGUUCAUAAAAGAAGAAACUAACUAUUCGGUAUUGUAUGCUGGCAUUCGGGGUCUGAACAAAUUGAGAUCCCUGUAUUUAGGUACUGAAGUAUUAACUGAGAUUGAUAAAUAUAUCAAUGGCGUGGUUAAUAGUUUGGUAAACAGGCUAGGAUAUGAUGUAGUAGAAAAUGAAGGUAUAGUGGAUCUAAGGAAUCGCAUGCAAGUUCUGGAAUUAGCUUGCAAAGUUGGCCACACAGGUUCUGUACAAUAUGCUACGAAACUCUUCAAAGAAUUCAAGGAUAAUGGUGUAGAGAUAACACCGAGCUUAAGGCCAGUAGCGUACUGUUACGGCUUACGAAAUGGCGAUGAUGAAGAUUACGAAUUCCUUUGGAGAAGGAUGGCCACUACCAACGUAGCCAACGAAGCCCGUAUCAUUGGAGAUGCACUUGGCUGCACAUCACAGGACACCAAACUCAAGAAAUAUUUAGUGGCAAUGCAAGAAGAAGAAAGCCCGAUACGAACUCAAGAUUUGACUGUGCCUCUUGAAAGCGUACUCGCCAACUAUGAAAACGUAGAUUUAGUCUUGAAUGAACUAAAAGAUAAUUACGAUGUAUGGACUACUAUAUAUCCAUCUAUGGAGACAGUAUUGUCUACCAUUGGUAAGGCUUUAAAGACUGAAGAAGAGUUUGACGAUUUUGAAUCUUGGCUAUCAUCUUGUGCCAAAUGCACCCAAGAGGUCGUGUCAAGAGCGAGGGAGGCCCUAGCCGUAUCUAGGACUUCUGCUGCCUGGGCCCAGGUUCACAAGGCUGAGAUUAUAAACAAUCUGAAGAGCAAUGGGUUUAUGACAGCACCGUCCGUUGUAACACUCAGUUUUACGCUACUUACGUUCAUCUUAACAAGUGUUUAACUUUAUAUGUCACGAAAUGCCGGCAUAAUCUCCGUCAUAAUUUUCUUAAGCAAAUUCUGAUCGGCUCAGUUUAACGAUUGGCUCACGUUAUAAUUUAUACAAACACGUGCAACUGCUUGUCACGGACCUCCUUACAGUCAACCGGAGGAGGAGGAACAUACUUUAUUGUAUUUUAGUGUAGUUUGGGCUAAUAUAGCCAACAUAUCCGCAAUAGUUGUGUGUGGCUUGACGACUAAUGACUAACCGUUUGUUUAAUUUCUUCUUAAUCUUAAGACACUCCUUUUAACAUUUUGUACACAGAUUAAGAAUCUUAUGAUACUGUAAAAGUAAAAAAGAGAUCCCUAAGCCACUUUGAAGUAGAUUUAUUAGUAACCCUUGUAUAUUAAUUAAUAUUAUUAUUAAUUACCAGUAAAAUAUUUAAGUAAAA